GUUUGCAUUCUAGUUCGCGGUUUCAUCUAGAAGACAAGAUCGUGUCAUUCGCUUCAUUUCUUCGUGUAACGGUGCUAGGUGCGGAUGCCACAGUGUUAUUUUUAAUUGUUAACUAUUUAUAAAAAUAAAAAAAGUGUAGAGAAAACCAGAACACCGAGGAGUCGCCAUGGACAUACAAGUGCAGCGCCCCAUUACGUCCGGCAGCCGGCAGGCCCCGGAUCCGUACGAUCAGUACCUGGAGAGCCGCGGACUCUACCGGAAACAUACGGCCCGGGACGCCUCCAGUUUGUUCCGGGUGAUAGCCGAGCAGAUGUAUGACACCCAGAUGCUGCAUUACGAGAUUCGGCUGGAGUGCGUCCGCUUCAUGACCCUAAAACGACGCAUUUUUGAGAAGGACAUCCCUGGUGAUUUCGAUAGCUACAUGCAGGACAUGUCCAAGCCCAAGACUUAUGGAACCAUGACAGAACUACGCGCUAUGUCCUGCUUGUAUCGCCGCAAUGUUAUCCUGUAUGAGCCCUACAACAUGGGCACCAGCGUCAUUUUUAAUCGUCGCUAUCCGGAAAACUUCCGUGUCUUCUUCAACAAUGAGAAUCAUUUCGAUUCGGUUUAUAAAGUAAAAUAUAUAGAAACGGCCGCCAUUUGUCAAUCAAUCGCCUUCAAGUUGCUGUACCAGAAGCUUUUCAAAUUGCCUGACGUAUCAUUUGCUGUGGAGAUCAUGUUGCAUCCACACUCUUUCAACUGGGAUCGAUUCGACAUGGUGUUCGAUGACAAGGGCUACAUGGUUCGCAUUCAGUGCUCCGAUGGACGAGUUUUUACGCUUGACCUGCCGGGGAAUACCAACUGUAUAUUGGAAAACUAUAGGCUGUGCAAUUUCCAUAGCACCAAUGGAAAUCAGAGCAAUGCUAAUCGAAAGGGCGGUCGGCGGGAGAUAAAGAAUCAGGAGGACCGCAAGCCAUCCGGCAGUACGAACCACGAACCAAACGAUCAGUUGCCCAUGUGUCCAAACCGAAUGGAGUCGUGUGUCCGCCAGCUGCUAGAUGAUGGUAUCACUCCGUUUCCCUACAAGGUGGCCAAAUCCAUGGACCCCUAUAUGUAUCGGAAUAUAGAAUUUGAUUGCUGGAACGAUAUGCGCAAGGAGGCCAAGCGCUAUAAUGUAUACAUAAAUGACUAUAACUUUAAGGUGGGCGCCAAGUGCAAGGUGGAAUUGCAGAACGAAACGGAGAUGCGCACGUGCCACAUUCAAAGCAUCUUCAAAGACAAGACUUACUGCGUCGUCUUUGUUGAGGCGAUUGGCAAAAAGAUAGUGGUUCCCUAUGAGUCGCUCCAUCCCCUGCCGCCAGAAGAGUACCGUCCAUGGGCGUUGCCAUUCCGCUAUCAACGACAGAUGACUCGCUUGCCGUUGCCCAAGUUUGCUGGUAAAGCCAACAAGCCUUCCAAAUGGAAGAAGAACAAGCUGUUCGAAAUGGGCCAGUAUUUUGAGCCCAGCAAGUGUGAUUUGGUGCCGAUGCAGGGCUACAUACCCGUGGAGAAUUGCUAUCAGGAAGUGCACAUUCCGGACGAUGAGCAGCGCGAUCAAAGAGAUCCGGAACAGAAUGACCAGAACCCUGCCACGGAGCAGCGGGAGCGUGAAGAGCCGCAGAAGCAACAGCAGCGCACGAAGGCAUCAAGGGUUCAGCGGCAGAACUCGAGUUCCAGCCAAAACCAAGAGUCUCCGGUUUCGGCUGCUCCGCCGCCCACUCAGUAUAUGAAUUAUAUGCCCAUUGUUCAAGGUCGUCCCGGGCAGGUUCCGCCACCUUGGCCUUCAUCUCCGAUGGCCCUUGCCGAGGAGUUUCAGUUUCCCAUGUCUGGGGCACCGCAUCAACCGCCAACCGAAGGUUGUGUUUACAUGCCAUUUGGUGGUUAUGGUCCACCACCACCGGGAGCUGUUGCUUUGCCGGGACCGCAUCCAUUUAUGCCGCUUCCCUCUCCACCAUUGAAUGUCUCCGGAGUUGGCGAGCCACGUCGUUCUCUGCACCUCAACGGUGAGGAUUUGCCCGUGGAUAUGAUCACAUUAAGAUACUUCUACAACAUGGGCGUGGAUAUGCAUUGGCGCAUGGCGCACCACACGCCGCCUGAUGAUCUUGCGAUAUAUGGAUACAAUCAACAGCAGAACAACACGGACCAACAGGGUGGAAGGACUGGAGCCACAGAGGAGCAUUUGCCUGCCGAGUCCACACCACCACCUUCGCCAGAGGUGGUAAAUGCCACGGAGCAUUCACCGCUUGAGAAAACCCCCUACGCCAAGCGCAAUUUGAAUACGCCCAAGGUGCGCGUUAAGCGUCCAGAGCAGCUGCAAGAUAUUAAGGAUUCGCUGGGGCCAGCGGCCUUUUUGCCCACACCCACGCCCUCGCCCAGCUCAAGUGGCAGUCAGUUCAGUUUCUACACUUCUCCAUCGCCGCACCAUCACAUGAUGUCGCCGCCGAGGCUGCUCCAACCGCCGCCACCGCCACCGAUAUUCUUCCACAAGACGGGACCACCUCAGUUAGCGGGAGCAGCUCAGGGACAGAAUCCCUAUGCCUGGGGCAUGGCAGCUCCGGUGGUGGCCCCCUAUGAGGUGAUCAACAACUAUAACAUGGAGCCUUCGGCUCAGCCACAACAACAGCAAGCGGCUCCAUUGCCGCCAGCUCCCGUACCCGUCCAAUCUCAGCCGGCAGCUGUCUAUGCUGCACCGCGUCAUCACUGAAAAAACGGGAAAGGGGAAAGCAGAUCACCUCAAAGAGAGAGGCCAUACGGAUCGAAAGGCGUUCCAUUCCAUUGCAAUAAACGGCUUUUAAAACUUAAUCUCACUUUUAAAAUUGUAGUUAACUUUUUAUAGGCCACCUGGUCGUUGGCGCUCUAUCAUAAACCAUUCAGCUUCUGUACAACAAUCGAUUGCAUAACUUAACGUAAAUGUCAACAUAACUUCAUUUUAAACUUGUAAUCUAACGUAAUUUUAUGCGAUUUCUUUUUAAAGGUAGCCGUCACGAAAUCAAAGAACCAACUAUUUAUAUGAUUUAUUUAAAACCCUUCCAACUAAAAACUCUAUAUACUCUUAUAUAUAUUUAUGUACUCGCUGUUCGGCUAGAGACUCACCUAUGUAAAGUGUACCAUAAAAUUAACCAUAAAUAAAACAAGAUUCGAGUGCAACGCAAAAGACAAAA